AUGGAUUUAUUGGGUCCACCAAAUUACGAUUUUGGUUUUGUUAUCAUUGAUUAUUAUUCAAGAUACCAGGAGACUAAGUUUGUAAAAAAUAUUACAUCUUCAGAAAUAAUUGGUAUUUUGGAGGAAAUUUUUUGUAGAUUGGGAUAUCCUAAAUCUAUAAGAGAAGAUAAUGGUCGACAAUUUGUAAGCAGUGAAUUUAAGAGCUUUUGUGACAAGAACAACAUUGAUCUGAUAACAUCACCUCCUCACUGGCCACAGGCCAAUGGCGAAGUUGAAAAUAUGAAUAAAUCUAUUUUGAAGCGACUGCAAAUAGCUCAUGGAAAAGGGGCGGACUACAGAAAAGAAGUACAGAAAUUUACUAUUAUGUACAACGUGACACCACAUGGCUCAACGGGUAAAUCGCCUUCAGAGCUUCUUUUUAAUAGGACUAUUAGAGACAAAAUUCCCUCUGUACAAGAUGUAAGUGAAACUAUUUUAGAUUCAGAGGCUAGAGAUUUAGACAAGAUUAACAAACAAAAAGGAAAGGAGAGAGAAGAUAGAGUUCGUGGUGCAAAGGAAGCGGAUAUUUUCAUUGGCGAUUAG